AUCAUAGUAACUGGACGAGAUUGCAGGUAAAAAAGCACUACAACUUGCAUAGUAUUAACCGUUGUUAAUUUUUAAUGGAUAAACAGGUCCAGUGGAAUUUGUUCUGCUUAUGGAUAAUACGGUGAAAUAAUAUGUGCCCUGCUUGAAAAUGCUGCUACUAUCUACCAGAUGAAUUCAAAAUUAACAAAGGAAGACUGCUUUACUAAAAUUUUGUACAUAAGUAGGUUGAAAUUGUAAAAUGUCUCAUUUGGUUAGGAAUUACAAUGAAAGUUGGCCUCCACAUUACCUGAAUGCUGGAAAGAGCAAACUAUGGAAUGAGAGGAACUGGAAAACAACCUUGAAGAAGACACUGGAACCUUCACAAAGCAAGCCUCUGCUGCAAAUAUCAGGGUGUAACUCUCUUGCUAACUUAGGUAGAAGGUAUGAAGACAAAUAUGGAGGAAGGAGUUCUCCAGUCAAAAUAUUGGAUAGAAAUGAAUUCACAGAUUCAAGCUACGCCACUAGUUCCAUAGUAUCUUGUGCAAGUCAUCAAAGUAACUCUGAAAAGAAAGGAAUUGCUGAAAAACAAACCAGAGGCACUUUUUCUAUUGACAGUUCAAGUUCAUUAGGGACUAAUAAAUGGCUGAAUCCUGCAGACCCCGAUGUUGUGCCAUUAAAAAAAUGGCAUUCACUGACACAAUUAAGUCAAAGACCUUUAUCACCUGCCAGUGCUAUGAGUGAUCGUGAAAUGCGAUCUACAACUGAUCAUGAAUUACGUAUAGCACUUGAAGAAAGUAGUCUUCGAAGAACUGAGCUUGUCAAAAGAUUGAGAGAAGCAUAUGGCAGGCUUGAGGGGCAGGAAGAUCAGCUGCGAACCAGAGAUGACCAACUAGAAAACAACAAAGUCAAGAUUGAGUUGAUGGUACUAAAACAGAAACAGCUGGAGAUGGCAGUAAAUUCUCUGGAACAAGAGAAGGAAAUGUUGGAAUUGUCUCGCUUUGAAGAGUCAAGACGUGGAGAAGACCUUCAAAGGAAAAUACAACAACUGGAGCUGGAAAUGCUGAAGGUGAAAACCGUAUUAGAAAGAAACAGUGUGAGUUCUUCGCCAUUGUACAAUUCAGCCUUAAACUCUCGACUGAUUACCAAUGGAGAAAUAAACGGCUUCUUCAGCAGAACACAUGAUGACUUUUUCAGACAGGAGAAGAAAAAGGAGAAGGAGAAGGAGAAAGAGAAGGUAGAGCGUGAGUUGCAUGAUGCAUUGGAAGACCUGAGUAAAAGUCAAGACAGAAUAAGGAUAUUGGAGGCAGAAAAAGAACGUAUGAUGGAUCAGCUAAAAAUUGCGAAGCAACAGAGGUAUAUCCAGAACAAUGAGAAAAACAAAAUGCUAAGGGGCUCAGUCCAAGCACAAGACAGUCUUCAAGAUGAACUGAAUGAUCUUCGAACAGACUUUAGCAAUGUUAGUUUGGAAAAAGAACUGUUGUCGUCAAAAGUAGUAAGACUGGAGGAAAAUGUAACUGAUCUGAAGUUGAAGCUGGCUGCAGCAGUAGCAGAUAAGGAUCGUUUUAUGCAAGAAAAGCUGCAGCUGCACAAGCGUGUUAAGGAGCUGGAGAUGGAACUGCAGCGUGCACAGAUGGGAAGGGAGGGUUUCACAGACCAAGUGUGUGAUUUACACAUAGAACUUGUAGAUGCCAAAGCCCAGGCAAAUAGGCAAGAUCAAGAAAAGAUUAUGAUGAAAGAAGAACUGGUGACUGUAAAGCAGGUAAAUGAGCACAUAUCCGCUGACCUAGCUGACACAAAGCAAAAGUUAGAAAUUGUUUUGAAACAGUUGCACGAGCUGGAGGCAGAAAAAGUGAUUCAUAUCAACCAGAUCACUGCUCUAGAGAAGGAACGCUGCCAGCUAAUUGAAGAAAAGGAGGUGCUGAUGACUGCAACAAUGGGGACAGAGGAAGUUUGUGAAGAUAAGAUGCAGAAACUAAAAGAAGAAUGCCAGGCACUUAGAGAUUCUGAAGAAAGACUGCUUAAAGAGCAGGAACACCUGCAAGCAUGCUGUAAGGAGCUACGGACAGAACUUGGUGUCAAGAAUGAGGAACUUCAUCAGAAGGAGGAAGAGUUUUUACAUCAGAUAGAAGAGCAGCAGACCGUAGCACAGCAUUGGAAAGAGAGGUGGCAGGAAGCUGCUUUAUCCCUCAAAACAAAGGAUGAGGAUAAGAUUUCAGAAAAAGAAGAAACUAAGCAGCUUGGUGAAGAGCUGGAGAGGCUACAGUCUAUCGUUCAAAGUAAUCAAGAUGAAAUACAGAAUCUUUUGCAAGAAAAAGCUAAAGCUGAAUCUGAGCUGCAGAAGUGUAAGGAAAGUUCUUCUAUAAAGAAGAUUCAGCUUGAUGCGUGUAAGCAGCAAUUGGAGUUGGAAAGGAGCCAUAGCCAAUCACUACAGCAAAGGCUUAAUUCCAACAUUUGUAAAUCGUGUAAGAUGACAAGAAGUCCAAGUGAAGUGGGAAUAUCAGAUCAUGGCUUGAAAUACAGCUCAUCUGUGGAGGGAAUGGAGGACUUGCACGGUGAGAAGGCAGCCCAGGAAUUUCUAGGAAUGAAUGAGCCACCCAAUUCCAAGAACGUGGAAACAAUAAGUAUGCAAGUUCCAGCUACAGAGGAGAUGAUGGCUGAAAUCAAUACCCUUAAUGUACAGCUAGUAGAGGCUAGUGCAGUCCAGAAGACACAACAGGAUGAAAUCCAGUCCUUACGAGAGGAGCUAGAAGAGUUAAAGUUAAAGAAGUCAGGAGAUUUGAAUGCCUCUUUGGAUGAGGUUGACAGUGAGCUGUUCCAGGUGCGAGAAGAAUUACAAAAGGUCUGGGAUAUGCUGAAAGUACGAGAUUCAGAAUUUGAAGAACAGCAGCAAGAGCUUCAACUGAUCCGUGAACAGUUUUCAGAAUGCAACAGUGAGAUGAUGAAGAUUAAGCAAGAGCUAAAUAUUUGCCGGCAGCAGCUAGCACACAGGGAUCGAAUGUUGGAAGAAAUUAAAGAAAAACAGAAGGCAGCAAUGGAUAAGACAGUGGUGUUGGAAACUCAGCAGACCAAAGGAGUUUUAGAAUCAAGCACAUGUCCUCCCUGCCAUGACUUGGAAAAGAUAACUUCUCAGGUGGAAGAUUUAAGAAAACAAUAUAGUGAGCAGAAGAGAGAAAAAGAUAAAACCAUGGAAGCAAGUGGUCCUUCACAGAUGAAAUCUCUAUGUGGUGAACACUCACCAAUGAAAAAGGAUUUUACCACGCAGAAUAACACAUAUGAGAAGCAACAUCAGCUGGUAACAGAACAGUUAAAGACUCUCUUCAAAGAACGAGAACAGUUAGGCAAAGCUUACAAUAAGCUUUCUGGUGCAUGGAAAGGAAAGGCUCCUUUAGAAGGAUGGGUUAACAAAUCCCAAAUAAUCCAGAAUGCAGUGGAUACCAUCCACUACCAAGAGAGGAAAAAACAAGAACUUGAAGAAGAGAACGAAAGGCUGAAAGGAACACCUAAUUUCAGAGAGUACACCGAGUUGCAAGAAAAGGUCAAGAAACUCCAAAAUGAACUUCAGCACAAAUCCAACAAAAUGUCAUCCAUGAGUAAUGAAAUUGAAAACCUGAAAGGCAGAAAUGAAAAUGUGAUAAAAAUGAGAGAAAAACUCCAACAACAGAUUUCAGAUAUCCGUGAGACAGGACAGCAAACCAGAAGAAAAGAAGCUCCAAAGGUGUCGACAGAAAGUGGAAGGAGUCAACAAACAACAAAGCUUGUUGAAGAAUUUAACCGGGAUCCAUCUUUGCCAGUCCACAGUUCUACUCUCCACACUGAAGAGGAGGAAGGUGUUGGACACCUAGGAGAUGAGUCUGUUCAUUUUGCCAAAUAUGCCGAUUCUUGUAUUACUUCAGGCAGUUCUAGGUCUUCCACCCCAGUGUACCUAGAGACCCCUUCACUUUCUGACACCCACAGCCUUGUUACAAGCCCAGCUGCCAAGAUGUUCUUAAGCACACAGACAUCAGAUGUGUCCCCCCUGACUCCACGCAGCUGGGGAGGGUCUCAGGAGUCACUAACAGACAAGCAUUCUCUCUUGUUGUCACCAAAGCCCUACAAGGGACAAUUCCCUAAGAAACAGAACUGAAGUGGACAAGCAAAGCAUGACAUUUAACGGUGUCACACAAUGUUGUACUUUAUAGUCUAACUGUGGAUUAAAACCGUUUAUUAAAGAGUUUUCAGUUUUUAAAAGAUACUGAAUAUUUACUCCCAAUAAUUUAACAUCCAAAUAUUGUAAAGGGUUCCUCUAAUUUCAAGAUACCUAAGGUGACCAUCCAUCAUCCAACCCGCUAUAUCCUAACUACAGGGUCUGCCGGAGCCAAUCCCAGCCAACAUAGGGCACAAGGCAGGAAAGAAACCCCGGGCAGGGCGCCAGCCUACCGCACACCUAAGGUGACAAUAUUCUCAAUUACACAGACAGAUUUAGAAUUAAGCAAGUAACCAUAAAAUAACUUUUGUUCAUUUGUCUUUCUUUAAUAAAAACACUAAUUAACCUUUUCAUGCGCAGUACUAAGAUCUGGAUUUUGUGUAUAUUAGGAAUAUAUUGUGUAAACACUGCAGCCAAAUUCAUAUACUCCGUCGAUAAAUGAUGCCAAAUAUUAAAGGAAAAGCUGGAACGUUGGAGCCUGGUGAAUGGGCUAUAGUGAUUGUCUCACACGGACGGACCCCUUUACACCUGCACUACACACGUUUAGAUUGUAUCCAGAUUAUAUUUACUCAACAGGCAUGAAAACGCACCUCCAGUGGUCUGCAUCAUAUCCAGACAAAAUGCAAAUCAGUUUCAUCUUACAUGGUUGGUUUAUGUACAGUACGUAUAUAAAGGGCAUCUUCACUGAAACCUGUGUUAGAUGUGCUCAUCGUCGGUUUCUGACCACCUCUGAACGUGGUGAGCGAUCUCAUCUCAAACCUGUUUACUCUUUGUUUUUAAUGUUUAACUUCAGUCGUAAAGAGGGCCACAGAUUAUUUUUUAAGAAGAGGCAGACAAACUAAAUAACUACAAACCAGAUCCACCCUUGGUAUCUCAAGAGGAAGAAGGAAGUAAGAAAAAGAGAAAUGAAAGCCUUGUAUUUCCAGCUCUAAUCUUAGGGGGGAAAAAAAAUAAGCAGGAGAAUAUGAGAACAUCCAUUUGGAAGUUAAAAUCACACGUCUGUUUCUCAACUUGAGCCUUUUUUUCACACACCCAGAUGUAAAAUUGCAGUGCUAUUCAACAAGCCAUCCUAAUGGUGAACUUUGGAAAGUGGCCAUUCAGAGCAUAGCUUUGCCACACGGAGCACUGACGCGAUCUUGUUAACUGAAGUGAAGCGUGAUGUGCACCAGUUAUCACUCCAGCACUGGCUAUGCUCAGGUGAGUCAAUGGUGACUGUCUGGUUUAACCUAACAAGAUCAAACCGUUAGUUACGUAUUUAGAAUUUGCUUAUUAUAUUUAGCAUUCAUUCCUGUGGUUUAAUGAAGUUGUGUGUGUGAAUAUAAGUCAUUUAUAAUAAUUUAUAAGCAAUUUCCCCUUGGGAUUAAAAAAAGUAUCUAUCUAAUUAAUAUUAAAUUUCUAUACACAAACACAGACCUGAUCCCCACCCCAUUUCACUUUUAGAACCAUAGAGACACAGAGGCUCCUGCAGGCAGACAUUACGUCUGGUGUGUCGUGUCUCUUCAGUUACAGCACAACAUACAUUAAACACACGAGUACGUGUAGAAAGUGCCAGACGUCCGAGAGUGACAAUGUACUGUACGCCCGUGUAUUGUUACCUACACAAUGGGCUGGCCAGCCAGACUUGUUAAAGUGUGCUGAGCUGCUGCCCACCAAUUCCUUCAUAGUAGUGCCAGUCUAAGCCAUGAGCAGGAGCGGGUCAGGGGUCCACAAAUCUACCAAAUGCCCAAUCAAAUACUAAGACACAUUGGUACACACGAGUGACCAGGCCACUGUAAUAAGCUCAGGUGACACACAAAUCUCUAAGAAGGUUUAAAAAGGUAUUUUAUACACUCAAAAGUUAUUUUUCUAUAAAGUAUUUGAAUUCAAGUUCUGUGCAAACAGCACACUGAGUGUAGAUUUUCUCUGUAAGUGAAUAAAAGAUUUUCCUUUUAUAUCUAGAAUUGCCUAAGCUGUGUUUGAAAGUGUUGUUUUUUUUAUUAUAUAUUUUUUGAUUACUUAACAUAAACUGAUUCCAUUAAAAGUUUUUAAAUGCUUUAUAAAAUUGUUUAAUUUUUUUAUCUUGUAAGCAAUUUUUUUUACCUAAUGUUUGUGCUUUUUAUAAGAUUCUGAUUAAGAAAAACAAAGCUGAAAUCUCAAAUGGUAACUUAAACACAAACUUUCCGUUAAAACGGAGACAUUUUCAUGUGUCAUGGAAUUUGAACAUACUGUAUAUCAAUAUUUUUGUAUGUGAUAUGUGCAAAAAUUAAAUAAAAAAUUGAACACGA